AUGACUAAACUCAAAGUUGAUGGUGCAACGACACUUCCGGCUAAAAUCGAUCGACUAAAAGCGUACCGAGUUCGUCUUCUUUCCUCAUUUGAUAUUUUUAUUUCAAAUAUUGCUUGUCAAACACGAGCAAAUCGAGGUUAUUAUUCUAUCGGAAGAACGAAAAGAAAAAAUAACGAUCGCUUUCUGAUUAACAACCAUUUGGAUUUACGAACUGAGUUAAUUCCAAUUCAAGCUGAUCUAUCCCAGAACGAUCGAUAUAGUUUACAUUUUGCGCUCGAAGAAGAUGUUCCACGAGCUCUACACGAUGAUUCAACAUUUGCUGGGACAUUGCGAGUACUUAACGCUCUUUUCGGAAAAUCGUUUAUUAGCGAUGAUGAUGUUGAUUAUCUCGUAAAACUCUUCGCCAAAAUUAACGGUCCUGUCGCUAUGAAAUUCGACUUCGAGGUGAGUUUUCUCCUUCCUUUUCCUUCGACAAUUGAAAUUUCGUUGUUGGACUCGAACGUUAUCGAUCAUGAACGAAAACGUAAACACAACGAACAGAAACGAUGCUACUCGCUACAAGAUAUUCUUAUAAAUGAUAUUGAAGAAGAGGAUAAACUUACAACUGGCUUGUAG